CGGGGCCGGCGGCGACGCCCGCCUCUGCCUCCUCCCCCUCGGUGCCCUGCCUCCUCCCUCCGCCGGGCGGGCGGCCGGCUGCGCGGGCAGGGCGGGCGGGAGGCUGAGCGCGGCUGAAAGGUGUUGCUGGAGGGGAAGUUUGGAGAAGGUCGUCGGGUGCCCGGGCGCUCCGGCAGCGUCAUGGCGGAGCAGGGCGAGUCGCCGGUUCACGUCCAGCAGCCCCAGCCGGCACCGGCACCAGCGCCCGCCGCCCCGGCCGCCGGCUGGCCCAUCUGCAGGGACGCCUACGAGCUGCAGGAGGUGAUCGGUAGUGGUGCUACAGCAGUUGUCCAGGCAGCACUCUGCAAACCCAGGCAAGAACGUGUAGCGAUAAAGAGGAUCAACUUAGAAAAAUGUCAAACCAGUAUGGAUGAAUUGCUUAAAGAAAUUCAAGCAAUGAGUCAGUGCAAUCACCCUAAUGUGGUGACCUAUUACACAUCUUUUGUGGUGAAGGAUGAACUUUGGCUGGUUAUGAAGCUAUUAAGUGGGGGUUCAAUGCUUGAUAUAAUAAAGUAUAUUGUCAACAGAGGAGAGCACAAAAAUGGUGUGCUUGAAGAACCCAUAAUAGCAACAAUUCUUAAAGAAGUGUUGGAGGGCUUAGACUAUCUACACAGGAAUGGGCAAAUCCACAGAGAUUUGAAGGCUGGCAACAUUCUUCUGGGUGAGGAUGGCUCUGUACAAAUAGCAGAUUUUGGUGUUAGUGCAUUUUUAGCAACUGGAGGUGAUGUUACUCGUAACAAAGUAAGGAAAACAUUUGUUGGCACUCCCUGUUGGAUGGCCCCUGAAGUAAUGGAGCAGGUGCGAGGUUAUGACUUCAAGGCCGAUAUGUGGAGUUUUGGGAUAACAGCCAUUGAGUUAGCAACAGGAGCAGCACCUUAUCACAAAUACCCUCCUAUGAAAGUGUUAAUGCUAACGCUUCAAAAUGAUCCUCCCACUUUAGAGACAGGUGUAGAGGACAAGGAGAUGAUGAAAAAGUAUGGCAAAUCCUUUAGAAAACUAAUCUCAUUAUGCCUUCAAAAAGAUCCUUCCAAAAGGCCCACAGCAGCAGAACUUUUAAAAUGCAAAUUUUUCCAGAAAGCCAAGAAUAGAGAAUACCUGAUUGAAAAGCUUCUCACUAGAACACCUAAUAUAGCACAAAGAGCAAAAAAGGUCAGACGAGUACCAGGUUCCAGUGGUCACCUCCAUAAAACAGAAGAUGGGGACUGGGAAUGGAGUGAUGACGAAAUGGAUGAGAAGAGUGAGGAAGGCAAAGCUGCUAUUUCUCAGGAAAAGUCACGAAGACUGAAAGAGGAGGAGAAUGCAGAGUCUCAGCCUGCUGUUAGUGAGGAAUACAGUGAAGUUCCAUGUGCGGUGAAUCUUGUCUUAAGAUUAAGGAACUCCAGGAAAGAACUUAAUGACAUACGGUUUGAGUUUACUCCAGGCAGAGACACAGCAGAUGGCGUUUCUCAGGAGCUGUUCUCUGCAGGCCUGGUUGAUGGCCAUGAUGUAGUUAUAGUGGCUGCUAACUUACAGAAGAUAGUAGAUGAUCCAAAGGCCUUGAAAACAUUGACUUUUAAGUUGGCCUCUGGCUGUGAUGGCACUGAGAUUCCUGAUGAAGUGAAACUCAUUGGUUUUGCUCAGUUAAGUGUCAGCUGA